GAUUAUUCUAAUUCCACCGGCUUCGAGCCGAAGCGGCGAAACCGCCAUAGCCAUUUAAAAAAGCUUCUCUCUGUGUCUCUCUCGUGCUCUCGAUCGAGAAUGGCUCGUCAAUCCAUAAGGCGUUUUCUCCAGAACAUGCGUCUCGCUAAUGAUGUGUUGAAGGGACAGGAGUCCCCUAGAAGUUUAGUGUUUGCUGUGCUUAGUAGACAUCGGUCGCAAGUUUCGAAGGCCGAGGAGCUCGAACCCGAUGAGGCGAAGAAGAAUGGGGGUCGAGUUUCUCCGGAGUCCGAAGUGCAGAGGAAGAUGCUUCAUGGUUCUGGGAUGAGCAGGCAUAGCUCUGACGAUGAGGAUUUGGGCGAUAGUAAAUGGAAAAUCGAACUAGCUUGGCUCCCGAAGGCUUUGGAGCCGGCGCUGCAGAUGUGCAGGUGGGCUUUGCCGACAGGAAACGGAGGUCAAGGCGUAAGCUGUUCGCCACCAACUGCUAGGUCUGUUUCGGAGAUCAUUGCAAGCAUCCAAAGGAGUAAAAUGGGAGUCCAAGACUGGAGCCUAGGUGAUCUUACUGUGGGCUUGUAUCUUAUUUAUCUUCGUCAAUCAUCUGCAAAUCCUUUCGAGGAUAUAAAUGGCAUUUUGAUAUCUUCUGAUGCGAUAGUCCAAGAUCUCAUGUAUCACAUUGAAUUGGCAAAAGGUUGUUAUAAGGAUAGUGCUGCUGGUAUUGCCAGAAACAGCAUGCUUCGAGAAAGCGAUGUGUUGAAAUUUGUGAAGAACUCUAGCAUCUUGAGGCCUGGUUACUACAUAGGGAUCGAUUAUCGCAAGAAACUUGUAAUAUUGGGAAUUCGAGGUACACACUCUGUGUAUGACCUGAUCACUAAUGUUGCCUCUUCAAGCCAUGAAGAAGUCACAUUUGAGGGGUACUCAACCCAUUUCGGUACUGCUGAAGCUGCGCGUUGGUUUCUUGCUCAUGAGAUUGGAACCAUCAAGCAGUGCUUAGAUAAGCAUGAGGGGUUUAGGUUAAGGCUAGUUGGUCAUUCUCUUGGUGGUGCUAUAGCUUCUUUACUUGCAAUAAUGCUGCGCAAGAAAUCAAAAACGGAGUUGGGCUUCAGUCCAGAACUUGUUUCUGCUGUUGGAUAUGCAACACCGCCUUGUGUUUCCAGAGAACUAGCUGAAAGCUGCUCUGAUUUUGUAACAAAUGUCGUUAUGCAGGAUGACAUAGUACCAAGAUUAAGUGUCGCUUCAUUGACAAGACUGAGAAAUGAGAUUCUUCAGACUGACUGGACUAGUACAAUCGAAAAGGAAGACUGGAAAAGUAUCAUUGACCUGGUUUCCAAUGCAAAACAGGUUGUCUCUUCAGUACAAGAUGUGGCAAGGAAACUUGCUGAUUAUGCCAAAUUCAGGACUAACAAAGAAAAAUUGGAUCCAUCCAUCCGACAGGAAUCCGCUAUUGUUCCUAAAGUUCCCCCCAAGUCCAAACCCACAGCAAAGGGUGAUGCUGUUAUGGAGAAGGAGCAAACAAUGCCUGAGGAGUUAUUUGUGCCAGGUACUGUGUAUUACCUGAAGAGAAAUAUGGACAGCAACUCAAAUACUAGGAUUGAGUACUUCACUCUAUGGAGACGGCAUCCUGGGGAUCAUUUUCAGAGGAUAGUGCUCUCCAGCAAUUUAAUUUCGGACCACAAAUGUGACAGCCAUUAUUGCGCAUUAAGAGAUGUACUCAAAGGUUUGCCAGCAUCAAAUAUUGAUGACGUCUUAUUCCAAUAAUGAUGCUGCGGAAGUCCCAUCUUCUUUGAGGUUUAUCAGCAUGUAACCCCCCACAUUCUUGUAUACCCCUAACAAAAGGAGCUCCCACAUCAGAAUUUGAGUCGAUCUCAGGUUUGUGAUCAUAUGUGUUUCUUCACUGUCUGGGACAAAAGUGCUCGUGUUCUAUACCAGCGUGGUUGUGCUAGUGAGGAUGGAUGCGGUUGAAUUGAUCAUAAGCACGGUGCUCUUGCAAGAAGUCACACUUUGAUGUGGGCCUCUUGCUUACUGGCGGACAGGUAAAUUGUCAAUGUAGCAUGUUUAGUGUACUUUAUGGGUAGUGAACAUAAUUUAUGUUCACAGCACCAGUGAACGUAUUGUACAUAGUCUGUCUCACUCAACGUCGUGUUGUUGCUGCUAAUAUUUGGGUUGCGGGUGUGAUCUUCUAUUAAUUGUCUGUCAGUUAAAAUAUCCGGACUCUAUGUAAACAUCAGCUGGCAGUACAGAGAAUGUAUCCACAUAUUCAACAAGAGAAAAUUGGUUACACAAUAAAUUUUACUUUUACUAUCUGAUAUCUUUGUUGGUUAGAACCACUGGAUUUUAAUUUGUUCUUAUACCCAUGUUAGUGCAAUAUUGAUAUUGUCGCUCUGCAUACGUCCCCAGUGGAAAAUAUAUGAAAUACACUCGAUAUUGAGAAAUAUCGAAGCGGGAUUAUAUAAAUUCAGAGUCUCCACGGUGAGUACUUUUGUGCUAAUAUGGUUGUCAUGGACACCUAGAGCAUAUAUUGUUUAGUCAGGCUUAUUGCUAAGCAUGGCCUUUUGUUCGCAUCAUUGUAAUUAGGCUAAUGCCAGGUCAUUUUGAUGAGUUUUUAUCCUGUUCUUAGGUUUAGAAGUAUAUGAGAAUAUUAACUGAAAAAGACGAAUACAUUUGAAUCAGGGAAAGCUAGGAGCGAAGUAACAUAGAAGACUGUGCAACCGAAAACAUUGCUCGCCAAAUCAAGGG